AGUAAAUGCGAGGCUUCCGUUCGGUGAGUGUAUAUUGCGAGAGAGUGCGUAGUAGGCGCACCGUAUACAGACAGUUCUUCGCACCUCGGCGACGAGGACGAAGACGACGUUGACUACGUCGCCGCGGUCGUUGUCACUGAACGGAUCAUCCCCGAGGCGUCGACCAUGCCGCUAAGUAUCGGCGUUAACCUGCGGGUGACCGGCCACUGUAAUCAGGGCGGUCGCAAAUACAUGGAGGACAUGUUCUGCGUGGCGUUCCAGCCGACACCGGACGACAAGGAUCUAGAAUACGCGUUCUUCGGGAUCUUUGACGGCCACGGGGGCGGGGAGGCCGCUACCUUCGCCAAGGAGCACCUGAUGGACAUCAUCGUGAAGCAGAAGAACUUCUGGAGCGACCGCGACGAGGAUGUGCUACGGGCGAUCAGGGACGGAUACAUGAACACGCAUUACGCGAUGUGGCGGGAGCUUGAUAAAUGGCCAAGAACCGCGUCCGGACUGCCAUCCACGGCUGGGACGACCGCCAGUAUCGCGUUCAUACGGAAGGGCAAGAUAUACAUAGGUCACGUGGGAGAUUCCGCUAUUAUCCUGGGCUAUCAGGAGGAAGGUGAUCCUCAAUGGAGGGCGAAAGCAUUGACAAAGGAUCACAAGCCCGAGAGCGGACCGGAGAUGACGCGUAUACAAGAAUCUGGUGGAAAAGUAGUUAGUAAAUCUGGUGUCCCGAGAGUUGUAUGGAAUCGACCUCGCAUCGGACACAAAGGGCCAGUUCGAAGAUCCACUCACAUGGACGAAAUUCCGUUUCUUGCAGUAGCCAGAUCUCUAGGUGAUUUAUGGAGUUACAAUUCCGAAUUAAACACUUUUGUUGUUUCCCCUGAGCCCGACGUGAAGGUUAUUCCAGUUGAUGUCAAAUCACACCGUUGUCUUAUUUUCGGUACAGACGGCCUAUGGAAUAUGUUAUCGCCGCGAGCUGCGGUAGCUAUUGUUCAAGCCACAGACAGGCACAAUGAAAAACAUUUGAUAGCUUCUCAGCAGACUGGUAAUGGACAGACUGAUUUACAAAUGUGGAUAAAUCCCUCGAAAAGUCUUGUGGAUCGUGCAUUGGAAAGGUGGUCAUCAACGAGAUUACGAGCAGAUAAUACUAGUGUUGUAACAUUAAUGUUGGAUCCAUCUGGACCAUGUCGCAGCGAAGUACUGUUCAAUCAGAAAAAGGAUCGCGUUAUACAUCAUGGAACAUACACACCAACUACAACAAAAGAGCCUGAAAAUGUUGAAGCAAUCAGUACAAGAAUUUCAUCACCGUGCAUGCCAAUAUCGCCACCGAGCGCUUCCACGGAUCUAGAUAUUGAUUCCAAACAACCGGACUCAUCGAAUGGAAACGAAGAGACUGUUGAUCAAACGUUAGAAUCGGCGACAGAUUCAUGUCUUGAAAAAUCAAUUUUAUCAGAAAUUGAUGCUUUUUCGGAACCACGAGAGACCGCGUUAGAUAAGAGUAUCGAGACUACCGAUGUCGGAGAGAGCAUUCAGGUCGAUGAAGUCUCCUCCAGUCAGAUGCUAGAAGAAUCCGGAGAACCAGAAAGUAAAAGAGCGAACGGGAGCAAUUUGGAAAAAUCAGAAAAUGUGGAGAAAGAAAAAAAGCAGGUAGCUGAACAGAAUGAGAGCGAGAAAAAUGAUAAUACGCAGAUUACGAUUCAAUCGAGUUUAAAAUUGAACAAAUUCACCGAGCCUAAAGAAAGCGCAACCGAUACAGGUAUGUCUAAUGUGACCCGACAAGCUACCUUUCCCGGUGCGAAGGGGGAGGAGUCGCUUCAACCCGUCCCCCUCGUAAGUAGAUUACGUCGAAGUGGUGGUAUUGUUCCUGUCAAGAGUAACAGUUUCGACAACGGCGAAGUGAAGAAUGGCAUUUUGAAUGGAUCUAGACAUAAGGAGCACCCUUUAUUUCCUGCCGGGUCGGACAUCAGAACGAUAAAACGCCGACAUAGUCUGAGUUCAUCUCAGAAUCAGAACACUUUUGCCGACGUCACGCCAGCUCCGGAUACAAAAACUUAUGUGAGUGUGAAGUCGCGGUACAACAGGGUAACUAAAUCGUCGAUCGCGGGAAACGUGACAGCAGAGGAGACGAUAAAGAGCACGUCAAAACGAACGAGUAGCAACUGCGCCGUAGGCGGCAAACGUAGGCAUAGCACGAUCACGCAAGCAUCAGUCUCAUCGGCUGGAGUUGAGAAUGCUUGCGUGCAACAAGAACCGUGUGCGAAGAGGAGAACGCGCUCCGAGGACCAUCGACAGAAUCCCACGGAUGAAAACGAUCCGGCCAAUCAAGCGAUGGAAAAUGCCAGUGGCCGAUUAAGUUGGCCCACGUCGGAUGGUCGACCAGAUUCAUCACUAAAUGGCGUUACCCUGACGACACUCUCUUCGUCAUCGAACACGUUCCAACGUAGAAGUUUAGGCAAAAAAGCUACGCCCGUUAAAGCCAUUAGGAGAUCGUCCAUUAACGGUUCAACACGACUGCAACAUCUAAGAGGUACUUUUGGCCUAAGGGAUUGGGACCAAGGAAGAAAUAAUCGAACAAACAAUUGUAAUAAUAGAAGGACGUUAAAUAGGACAACAGUAACGAUAAUUGGUCCUACAGAUACGACGAUACCACAACGAUGGUUAAGAUCAGAUACAAUGGCGGCAACACCUGUAAAAACAUUACGUUCGCGUAACGUAGACAUCACUGGACAUACAAUAUCUGCACAAUUAGUUCACCAAUAUGGAGUAGUGAAGCAAAAUCGAUUGCCUCUACCAAACAAGUUGAAGCAGCCCGCGAGCAGUGGAUCAUUGCAAUCGAGUAGAGUCAGGUCUUCCUCGUUGUCCGCCAGUAAACUUAAACAAGCAAACGGUAACAGUGGCAGCGUGAGUACUUGCGCGACCAUAACUCCCUCGACCACAGGUUCCACAUCUGGUAUAGCUAAGAAAGUUAAAUCACCGUAUAAUCCUAGUGCUCGAUCUCUGAGCACGCGAUCUCGAAUCAAACGUCUCGGAAAGUAAGAGGAUAAUCGACGACCCGUAAUUUGAGCAAAAUUCGUGCGUUUCUUAGGGUAUGACACUCUUACCCUUCUUUUACUAUCUGUAAAUUAUUUAGUUAUGGUAUGAAAACAAUUGUUACAUGCAUUUU